AUGGAGAUUUAUUCUCCCCUCCGUCGAACUCCUACCAGCACCUCUGAAAACGACACUGACGAUAACGCUGUUCUCACUGCUGUUCAGUCAACCAGCUCCUCUACUACAUCUGCCCCUCGCCCUACCCAAAGAUUAACUGGCCGCACCCCUUCAACCCAUUCCUUAUUGGCCGCGCACAGGAAUCCCGAUGUCCGCAAGGGUGCCCCUGCUGAGACUACAAAGGCCUCCGCUGGCCGCUCGAGCAUAAGUAUGCCGCCUCCGAACACCAAGCCUAGCGCGGAUAGACGUCUAUCGGCCUCUGUUUCUUCAAUUCGCUCAGUGAGGAAGUCUGAGGAAUGUGCUAGGAGCCCGCCGUCUUCUGUCAAAUCUGUUAGAAGCAUUGAAGGAGACAGGACACCCUACGGCAGCUCUCCAACGGCUCAGAACUCUACAACAGCCCAUGAUCCCACGAUCGUUACAACCACAUCUACUUCCAUUGCCCCCGGUCUGCCUGUGCUAUCCCCUCCAGCCUUCAAUCCAAGCGUUCCUAAUCCUUCAGAUCUAGUCUCAAAUACGUCAUCUCAGAUCGCUUCCCCAACGACAUAUGCUGCCAAAAGCGACAUGGCUUUACCUGCUGCGACUAUUGGCCAAUCUUCAGGAACCACUGGAAUUGCCGGGAAGUCUGAUGGUGCAGAUACCGCAUUCCCUGCUCGUCCGCCUCGGAUACCCCAUCCCCGUUCAGCUUCCGGUCGACGCUUGAGUACUGCGGGAUCUUCCAGGAAUGAGAGCAUUAAUUCCGAGAAUAAAACGCCAGUAGGCAGAAUCGGGGUUUGCGCUCUUGAUGUCAAGGCCAGAAGUCGACCCAGUCGUCAAAUCUUGACACGCCUUCAAGGAGAAGGGGAAUUUGAAGUUAUCGUCUUUGGUGAUAAAGCAAUUCUCGACGAGGAUGUUGAGAACUGGCCCAUAUGCGACUAUCUUAUAUCUUUUUUCUCCGACGGCUUUCCUCUCGACAAGGCAAUCGCAUAUGUCAAGCUACGGAAACCAUUUGUCGUCAAUGAUCUGGCCAUGCAAAAGGUCCUUUGGGACAGACGUUUGUGUCUUAAAAUCCUGGACCAAAUGCAGAUUCCUACCCCAAAGAGGAUAGAAGUCAACCGUGAUGGUGGACCAAGGCUAGAGUCGCCGGAGCUUGCCCAGCACGUGAAAGCCAUGUCGGGUGUGGUUCUAGAGGGUGCAGAGGAUGGCACAGGAGGCGGCACUCCAAUUACAAAAUCCGUUGAACUGACGGAAGACGGAGACACUUUGGUUGUUGAUGGGAAACCAUUCAAAAAACCCUUUGUCGAGAAGCCUGUCAAUGGAGAAGACCAUAAUGUUAUCAUCUAUUUUCCCAAGAGCCAAGGUGGCGGCGCCCGACGACUUUUUCGCAAGAUCGGCAACAAAUCUUCAGAGUAUGACCCUGAAUUGACCGUUCCAAGGUGCAUCACGGAACCGAACAGCAGUUAUAUCUAUGAGCAAUUCUUGAAGACGGAAAAUGCCGAAGACGUCAAAGCCUACACUGUAGGUCCCCAUUAUUGCCAUGCCGAAACGAGGAAAUCGCCAGUCGUGGAUGGUUUGGUCCGACGUAAUACACAUGGCAAGGAGCUGAGAUACGUCACGAAACUUAGCGAUGCAGAGAAAGAGAUGGCGGCCAAAGUGUCACGGGCUUUUGGGCAGCGCAUCUGCGGUUUUGACCUCUUGCGAACCGGGUCGGCGAGCUAUAUCAUCGACGUCAAUGGGUGGAGUUUUGUCAAAGAUAACGAGGACUAUUACAACGACUGCGCAAAGAUCCUGAGAAAUAUCUUCUUGGCUGAGAAGUGGAAACGCGAGAAUGCCCUUGGGGAAGAAGUGCAGGUCGAGAAUGGAGGCGACGGUUCUCAGAGCCGCGUAGGCACAAGCCAUUCAGCUCGAUCGGCACUCAAGACGAUCUUGAAGUCCCCCAGCAUGACGAAGCUGUCUCAACAUCUGCCGCAUUCGUCGAGACACCAUCAUCCGGUACAUGCUGGUUCACCCAAGACUUCUUCCUUAACCACGCCAAUGAGUUCGCCACCAAGCAUUGAGAAGAUCACUCAGACUCUAGUUGCACCAACCGCGGGUGAAAAGGACAGCACUUCUCCAUCACCUCUUCUUACAGCCCCAGAUACUGCUGAGAGUGCUCCAGGUACCACGGCUGCUACCAAGGAAGAGGGGCCUGCAGCUCCUAUGCCAAGUUCCAAGCAUUCAUGGAAGCUCAAGGGCGUGGUCUCGGUCAUCAGGCAUGCUGACCGGACUCCAAAGCAAAAACUAAAAUUCACAGCUCACUCCCAGGUGUUCGCCGAUCUGCUCAAGGGCCAUCAUGAGGAGGUGCUUCUGAAGGGUGAAGCUGCGCUGGCAAGCGUGCAGACGGCAAUCAAGGUUGCGCUGAGAGACAAGCUUGAAGACCCAGAUAAAUUACGCAACUUGCAAAAUGCAUUAUCCAAGAAAAUACAUCAACCGGGCACCAAGGUACAGAUCAAACCAAUGUUCCGCAAAAGGAAGCCAGAAGAGAUGCACCCAUCGUCGGAUGCCGACACUCUUACCACUAUAGAAGCUGACCACCAACUGCUCGAGGCAGUCAGCAAUGAGGAGAGAAAAGGAUCAGUGUCUAGCACAAAAGACUUGAGGCGAAUGCAGACCAGGAGUGAUUCAAUGUCUGGUGCCACAUUUUCACGUUUCUCAGCUGCGGAGAAUGAUCUUGUUCUGGACAAGCUGCAACUGGUCAUGAAAUGGGGAGGGGAACCUACGCAUUCGGCUAGAUACCAGGCGCAGGAUCUCGGCACCAAUAUGAGGGACGACUUCAAAUUACUAAACAAGGAAGUGGUCGAUGAUGUCCGAAUCUUUACGAGCUCAGAGAAGCGUGUCAAGACGAGUGCUCAAAUAUGGGCCGCGGCAUUCCUCGACCGCCAGGAUCUGCCCGAAGAUUUCAUUCAAGUCAGGAAAGACCUCCUGGACGAUUCCAAUGCUGCCAAGGAUGUGAUGGACAAGGUCAAGAAGAAGCUUAAGCACCUCCUUCGCGAAGGAACUGUCCCGGACUCGUUUGCGUGGCCAAAAGAUGUCGCAGAGCCAUACGUUGUCAUGCAAAAUGUGGUUGACCUGCUCAAGUUCCAUCGACAGGUGAUGCGGCACAAUUUUAAAAAGCUUUCAACCGGCGCUGUGGCUUCACUCAAUGCAAUAAGUGGCUCUGGAGACGGCAAAGAGGGCAACGGGCACAACAAAGAGACAAUCAGCGUCGCCUCGAUUCAGUCUCGAUGGUGCACUGGCGAAGAUGCAGAACUGUUUCGAGAAAGAUGGGAAAAGCUGUUCUCGGAAUUCUGCGACACCGAAAAGGCAGAUCCGAGCAAGAUCUCUGAGUUGUAUGACACGAUGAAGUACGAUGCCUUGCAUAACAAACAAUUUCUCGAGUGGGCAUUCACUCCCAGUCAAUCGCUCCUGGACGAAAUGGCGAAAGACGAAAGUCUGUCGUCGAGGGCGUCCUUGGAAAUCGACAGAGCAGAGGAAAUUUCGCAAGCCACGAAUGGCUCACGUCAUGAGAACGAUGUUUCGUCUAAUGUGGGGACGCCUGAGGGCAGACAGAGUCUUGCUCAAAAGAUUGGAUUUAGAAGACAAUCAGUCCUUAAACAACCACUCCCGGCGGCUCCUCUGAUGUCGUGGGAACAGGGCGCUUCCUAUUUCAAGUUAUUCAGCGGAUCUGGCGAUGGUCGGCUGAAGCAAGAUCAAAAGCUCGGUCGACUAAGAGAGCUAUACCGAUACAGCAAGAUUUUGUUCGAUUACAUUGGCCCGCAGGAAUACGGUAUCAGUGAUGAGGAGAAACUCGAGAUUGGUCUUUUGACAUCAUUACCCUUACUUCGUGAGAUCGUCGACGAUCUAGAAGAACUACAGGCCGCCGGUGACGCGAAGUCAUUCAUCUACUUCACCAAGGAAUCACACAUAUACACUCUACUCAACUGCAUCAUGGAAGGCGGCAUCCACACCAAGAUCAAACGCUCCACCAUCCCAGAACUUGAUUACCUCUCCCAAAUCUGUUUUGAACUAUACGAAGCUAAAGACGCCGAGACAGCCGAAUCUACCUACUCGAUACGCAUCACCAUCUCCCCUGGCUGCCACACGAUCGACCCUCUGGAUGUCUCCCUGGACUCCAAGCACGCGAUUGGAAGCGCUCCGCGGCGAUCGCUGACAAACCAUCAGGACUGGAAAGAGGUGAUUUCUACCUUGAAAGCGAAGUUCAACACAGUGCAGCUGCCCAAGAGCUUUCUGGCGGUGAAUGUGAGUGAGAAGCAUGAAGAGGAGGCACAACGAAGGGCCAGCUUGUUGCAGAGCGAAGCAGCGAAGGAGAAGCAUGGACGUAAAGAAGGAGAGGACAGCGAGGCUGGAGAUGUAUUUGAGAAUGCGAAUGUACAAGACAAAGAAUUCUCACUGGAAUCGACGCCGGGUAGUCGGCAGUUCGUUCCUGUACAAUUCCUGUCUGCAGAGGAUAGGACUGACGCAAAUGUACCUGCUGAAGAAGGAAGAGGCGCUUGA